CGGGUAGGAAUCUUUCGUUCUGCACAUAUGGACAAAAAACAAAUUUCUGGAGUAUUCUCAUUUCAGAUGUUUAGAGUUAUUAGCAGACUUUUGGAUAUUGAAAUAACUGAGAAUUAAGACAAUCACACAAAAUAACUGAGAAUUAAGACAAUCACAGAAAAUAACUGAGAAUUAAGACAAUUACAGAUAUGGAAGAAAUAGGUGGUAUGCAAAAUGUAUCGGACUAUAGCACCAGCAUCGAGAUCGAUUGGGAAGCUGGAUUUGAUUCAUUCAAAAAAGGAAUGAAUAAACUAUGGCCUGUUGUGCAAAUGUAUGUUUAUGCUAUUCUCGGCUUGACAAUAUUUCUGGGAAAUGGCAUUUUUAUUGUGGCCAUUGCAAAAUUCAGGAGACUUAACACUGUGACCAAUAGAUAUAUCUUAAGUAUUUUAAUCUGUAAUGUCUUGACCAGUGGAUUUCUGAUGUACUAUGCAUAUGCAAGCAAGUUUGAUAUAUUCCAGAAAGAUCGUAUUGCAUGCCUUGCUAAAUGCGCCAUCAUUGUACUGGUCAGUAUUAAAACAAUGAUGACAUUACUGGUGAUUCUUGCUGAGCGCUUUAUGGCUCUGAAGGAGCCUGGUGUUUAUCGAUCCACUUGUAAGGUUCAAGGCUGCAUCAACUGUAUUAUCAUCUUCCUCUGGAUCUAUGCCCUCGUCGCAGCUGUAGUACCAUUCCUCCUCAACAGGUGGCCCCUGGUUCGCUACUGUGCGAUAAGCAUCCUAUUGGACAGGAUCUAUUUGAUUGCUUUGUUGAGUCACUUUGGUGGCUUUACUGCUAUCUCUAUCUAUUUGUACCUCUAUCUUCUAAUUGGGGUCAAGCCAAAGUUACAGAAGCGCAAAUCGAUGAAAACAACCCAAAAGAAGCGGGAACUUGAACGCAGCAAGUUGAUGACCAGUUUUCAUUAUCUUAAUGCAGCAGCCUCAAUGACUUUCACCUUUAUUCUCUGUUGGACACCUUUUUAUGUGACGCUUCUACUCCAGGUACUUAAUGUCAAGUGGUCCAUCAUGAACGAAGUCCAGAGUAUUGCCCUCAUGAUAGGCUUCUUCGGUAGCACUCUCAUGCCUGUCAUGCUCGUCCUCAAUGUCUCCCACUUCAAGCAGACCCUUGAGAAGAUUGUCUGCUGUUGUGAUUGCUAUAUAAGUGCUCCUACGUUUGAACGAGAGGACUCUAUCAGGAUCAGUAAAGCCUCUUUUUAUUCUUACAACUCGAAUCAAGUCAACAUUUGUGAGAAGGAAGAUGAGGAGAAUCCUAAGAUUGUUCUCAGUGAUUCUGAGGCAGGAAGUGCUGUCAAAGCAGAAAGAGAACAUAGAAAGCAACGUCCUAGAUAUCCAAAGGAAAAUGGCCAUCUUCAAAAUGAUAGUCACCAACGUCAGCGAAAUAAAUCUGGGAAUCAUUUGACCGUACCGAAACAUGGAUCAAAACCUCCAAAGGCAACAGUAAGGCAGAACAAAAGGCAGUUUGCAAAACGUCAAGAAUCCUAUGGUGUAAAUCACCUAAUAACUGGCGAAUAUGUGGACAAUUCUAAAGCUUUGAAAAUGUAUUCAUCGACACCAACUGUUGUGUCAGGCAAGCAAUCAACCCGAUCCAGGUCCCAUAGUGGACAUGGAAAUGGUCUUGACAACAGUAGGAGGCACCGUACAUUUAGCAAUAAUCAUGAACACCAGCCCCAUUCGCAUACCAUGAAGAAUCCUCUAUUCAUAGAGGACAGACACUCCCCUCCUACACACAAACCUCCCCCACCACCAAUGACCGAAACUAAAGCGAGUCGGUCAGAUCUGAAUGGGGAAGAUCCAAUUACUUCCAACAGUGUAAAGGAUCUUAGUCUACAUCAAGAUGGACAUAAUCAUGGGGAUAAAGAGGUCAACAUUGACCAAGCUAUCGAAGACAAAACUCUAGCUGACAUUGCUAAUAAACUCUAUGAGAAAGCUACACAGGGAGACACUUUGGGAAAACAAAAGUAUAAACACUCAAUAAAAAGUGUUAAAAACAGAACAGUAAAAACAAAAACAGAAACAGAAACUAGGGAGAUUGCAUCUGACCUUUUUGACAUGUAGUAUAGAGAAAAGUAUGAAAUUAUUUAAGAAAGGGUCAAGUAAGAUGGUCUUAUGUUUUUGGAAGGAGACUUGGACAAAACUGUAUGGACCAGAUGCUUUUGAUAAAGCUUUUCAAAUGUCAAAUGAUAAAAUACGAUUUUUUGUAAAAAUAGUGAAUUAAGCUAUCGGGGGUGUGUGUUGGAAAUAUUUGAAAGUCAAAUAAAGUGAAACAUGUUAUACCAGGGACCACCAUGUCCUUAUAUGGAUAAGAGGGACUAAUAUGGGGAGGAUGUACAUAUAUUGCACAUAAUGUAAAUACAUUUAUAUUAUAACCAUAUUCUCACUGUGUAGUCUUGAUUUAUGCUUUGAGAAUAACUAAAUCAAUGAAAAAAUAGCCCAAAAUUAAAUGGGGCUUCAUUUCUAAAUCUGAUCCCAAAAUAUACCAGAAUUAGAAAAAGUAACUUGCACCAUCAAUAAACUUCGAUUUAAAUGCCUUUUAAGAUAAUAAAGUAUAUGCAUGCUUUAUAUAAUUGCCCCUACAAUCAGUUUAAGCACUGGACUCGUACAUUACCUACAAUCAUAAUAUUUUCAUAUAAUAUUUUGAAUGAUGUUCUAUAUGGUUACACUUCCACUGAAAACUAUACUCCAUGUGAGCCCAGCACCCAUGGUACUAUUUCGUUGAUAUUGUUGUGAUUGUAAACAAAUAGAAAAUAGGUAUGAAGAAAAAGAUGUUAAAAAUGCUCAGAAAAAGCAAUUUUAGUCUUGGAUUUCUUUUGCGGUG